GAUUUCCCGCCCAUUUCUCUCAGAGAGAUCACUUCACUCCACAGAUCACUUCCACUGAGGAGCCAGGAGACGCUAUCGCCUCAUUGUCCUCUCCCCGGUCACCAUGUUCUAUGCAGUGCGGAGAGGCCGCCAGCCCGGUGUCUAUAACAGCUGGGAUGAAUGCAAAGAUCAGGUGAGCCACUAUCCAUAUGCGAGCUACAGAAAGUUCCCAACUUAUGAGCAAGCCCAACACUUUACACGUGGAUCGGACUACCCCUCCAGGUCAUCCUAUCGACAAGAAAGAUCAGCCACGGUCUAUACUGAUGGAUGCUGUUCACGCAAUGGCAGAUAUGGGGCCCAAGCUGGAAUCGGUGUUUACUGGGGUCAUGACAAUUCAUUAAAUGUUUCGGAAAGAGUGUAUGGGAGGCAGACCAAUCAGAGGGCUGAAGUUGAGGCAGCCAGCAGAGCUGUGGAACAAGCUCUUGACCACAAUAUUACCAGUCUGAAUAUUUGUACUGACAGCAAGUUUACUAUAAAGGGUAUGACUGAAUGGGUUCCGAGGUGGAAAGAAAAUGGAUGGAAAACCGUGCAUGGAGAAGAUGUUGUCAAUAGGAGAGAAUUUGAAAAGCUUGAUAGACUGAGUAAAAAGCUUGAUGUCAAAUGGACACAUGUCCCAGGACACCGCGGCAAUCCAGGAAAUGAAAUGGCAGACCGACUGGCCCGAAAAGGAGCAAGAAAAUGAGAUUGUUACUUAUAUAUUGUGCGCAGUUCAAUUAUAGAAGUUAGAAACUUUUAUAGAUAAAUAUUUAUCACAAUAGGGUGAUCCUUUACAAUGCAUUUACUACAUGCAAUAAAAGCGCGAUUUAACCUUGUUUGUGUGAUUUGUGACAAGAACAAAUGCACAGAUCACACUUUAUGUUAUGACUGGUUUAUAUUCAGUGGCUUUGAAAGCUUAUUUACAAAUUUAAUAUCUGAACAUUCAAAAAAAUUCAGGUUGGAAUAAAGUUUGCAUUGUUCA